UCGACGUACCAGGGCUAUGACGUGCAGUGUCUGGUGAGGUGGGUGGACCACGCGCUGCCCUUCUCCCUGCUCCUCCUCGACGUCUUCAUCCGCCAGCACCUGCAAGGUUUCUUCGUAAUGAUUUGGAUUACCACAGUCAUGUUCAAGUCAAAUGAUAUCUUGUGCAAGCAGACCGCUCUCAAGGCUACAAGGUUGGGGGAGCGACCCUGCCGUUGUCAUGAUGACUGCUCCUUCUGGCCGGAUCGAGGCACGAAGACCUGUGGGAUCCCCUCCUUCGGCAGGACCUCCUCAUCUGAGAGUGGAGCGCCAGCUUCAGUUUCUCAUCUGAUCCCACUUCUGGACUCCAUGAAUGAAAGGACUCCAUGUGAUGAGUUAAGAAGAUCUACAACCAUUUUAGCUCCAGCAGUUAGUACACAACCAAUCAACAGUGCAUUUUCACGACCCAGGCUUCUGAAUUCUGACUGACAGGCUCGCAGGCACAGCCACAUAUAAUCUCACGCAUUCAAAAUGCUAGCUACAUGAAAUACGCCCAGAUUUACGAGUAGAAAUCCAAGGCAUUGCAGUCCAAUUGUUCUAAGGAUUGGAACCAAAAAUCCACACGCAUUGCAGUCCAAUUGUUCUAAGGAUUGGAACCAGACGUGUGACUCAAUACUGCUUGGAACAUGUGAGCAAAGUUUACGUACAUGCACCUUCUUGGAUGAUACAACUUCUCUAUGUUUGUACCUCCUCGUCAUUAAAACUUUGCAAACUUUAUGAGUAAAAAGUAAGAAGUAAUGUUCUUUGUCGGUGUCAAAACCGGCGG